UCACAGUGUAACCUAGCGUGCAGGAGGGGGGAGAGGGAGGACAGAGUGUAACUGCUGUUGUAUUUGACUGCAACAAGUGAUUUUAUGUCACCUUCCUAGUGUUAUUUAUAAAGAGAGCAUAGCCUACUUGUGUGAUACCUGUCACAUAUUGGUGCUGCAUGCGUUCACAAGCCCAUGGAAUACAGUCCUGCCUGACAGUUUGAUGAGAAGUCAGUGGUCCUGGUCCUGUAACUCUCACCAGCCCGCACACCCAUCACUGCCCCGAAUUUGCGUUUCAUAGUGGCUGCAAUCGAAACCCGCAGUUGCCAGACAUGGGUGCUAUUUUUGUGUUGAUUCUGGCGACUUGUCUGAGCGGGGUUUGGGGAUGCCAGUUGCCCCACGACUGGAGACCGCAGACGGAGACGUGCCGCGCGGAGCUCGCGGAGAUCAUCGUGUUCGCCAAGGUGCUUGCGCUGCACAAGGACUCGUACAGUGUGUAUAACUACCUGCCUUGGCAAUAUGACACGGACCUCUUCUUCUCCGCCGAGAUCGAGCUGCAAUGCGACCAGGCGUGGGGCAGCAUGCUGGAGGUCCCCACCGGCUCCCGGUUCAAUGUCACCGGGCUGGGCUACUUCCCCUGUUACUCCUACAGCGUCGUGGAGAAUAACUCUUACUAUUUCUUUCUGAGGAUGGAUGAGAACUACAACAUCAUUCCCCAUGGGGUUAACUUCCAAGACCCAAUCUUCCCAGACACACCAGAGAACCACCGCAUGUUCGCCAGCCUCUUCCAGUUCUCUAACUGCACGGCCGGAACACCGGUCCACACCUACACCCCAGAGUGGGAGGCUGAGGAAGACAGCCGGCUGCUGUGCUCGACGGUGCAGAAGGCCCUGUUUGAGGAGGAGGAGCAUGUGAAGACUCUCUCCCAAAAGGUGCGUUCUCUGGAGAAGGCCAACAGCCACCUGCGGGACAAGGUGAAGAACAUGAAGCGCCUGCUACGCCAGGCCAAACGAGACACCAAGGACCAGCAGACCCUCCCACUGAAAGAGCUGCACAACCCCGAGCCCCCCCACCCACACCAAGACACCACAAAGGACCAGAAAAGACCCGCCCUCAAAAAGAUCCUCACCAAUACGCUAAAAAACUGAGCCCAAACCCGCCCCUACCACCACCACCUGUUGCACUGCAGACAUGGACAGGCUUUAUAAAAGGACAUAAGGACUGUAUAGAAUGUGACAUCAGGAGAAGGAGAAGUAGGCUAAAGACAGGUACUGUAUGUAAUAGUGUAUGUAUGUAAUGUCAAAAGUUAUGGAGAUAGAGGAAUUGCAUACCCUUAGUGUGAUGCAACUAAUGACACCUCUGUUGCAAGAAAGUCCAUUCAGCAAAUCAGAAAUGUUUUGUAUGCUGAAAAAAACAACGAUGGAGGUUUCUUAUUAUUUUUCCCUUCGAUAAUAUAAUACUAUAGAAUAGCCUUCAUAAUUUCUAAAUAUAAAUCCAGUCAUUUCACACACAUAUACUCUGUAUGGAUCUAUAAGGAAUGCCUACACUACAAUAUGAUAAGCAUUUCUUGUCAUUGCAUUCACAUUGUGUCACUCUGUUCUUACCACAGGAAGAGUAGCAGGACAAUUUGAGGAGAAUGUUGUCUUGGAUCAAAUGUGAUUUCCACACACAGGCUGAGACAGCACUCAUGCUUCAUUAUGACUCACUGGUUAUAGACGGGUUGUUUGUUUAGCAACAAAACUGACGCUUGCGCAACUAUGGGGCAAAACAGACAGGGUUGGCUUAGAUUGUUGACAACAUGUAAGCUGUAUUUAGUCUCCAAAUGUUUAUUGAAAAUAUAAAUACAUUUGCAAAAUGAGCACUUCUCUCAAAUACGUCGUUACACUUUUCGGGUAGCUAGCUAGUGAAUUUUUUCCAUAUUGGCAUUGACAUGAUAUCAGUGAAAACACCUCAAAACAAGAUAUGGUAUCAAGAACAACAUAAAACUAGCUGAAACGAGCCAGCAACGAAUCACAACAUGGCAUCUUCUUGUCAUUGUUGCUAGCUAUCUGAUCGUUCAGAAUCAUAACAAAGCACGGCUUCUGGCCACAUAGAUGCGCACUCAUAAUUUCCAUGACGUUGUCAGCCAACCAGUCUAUACAACUGCUUUGUUACAAAAAUGCAUGCUGGGGGAUAUGGUCAUCACAAAGUCUCAUCCCACCGGGCCUUACUAACCCUCUAUCUCAUCCAAACCUUGCUCCCAUAUCCCCCCUUUUAUAGGUCCCCUCAUCUCAAUACCAUAGAGUAGAGGUCAGUGCUGCCUCUGUGAAGCCUUAUCCUCCUUUGAGGAUAUAAUAUUGAAAAAAUAAAAAACAUUCAGAUAAAUAAGGUGAGGCUUUUGACCUAUGCUGACAGGUCAAAGUCUCACUCUGUAAUUUUUACACACCUCUCACACCCCAAACAUGCCCAGGCAAAAUACUCUGCCUUCCUGCUGGCAGGGUUUUCCCCAGAGUGGAGUUCGAUGCCAGUCACCAUCCCAGGUAAGAUGCUACCAUGGUAGUGGGAAAGUCAAGGCAAGGCCUGCAGGUGUGCUGCCAAUACCAUGCCAAGGACCUCACACUGCUGCCCUGAAGAUGCUGAACCCAAAACAGUCAUACUGGUUAAGAACAUCUGCAAAAUUACUUGAGUGUUACAUGUAAAAGGUUACAUUCUGUCCUUAACAACUGAUGUUGGAUCACCUCCACAGAGUACAGGAAGUUUGAUUUAAUGACUACACAGACGAUAGACAACACAGAUGCUAAACUCUUAAUACUGUAUCUAUGGCUCUGAUAAGCUCUCCCUUCCCUUCCCUCCCCAGUCCCAACCAUAACCAUUACAUACUAAACAACAAGAGCUGCCUUGGACCAGUUAGGACAGAGUCUACGGAACCGUCUCUUUUAACACAGCACACCCAACACUGUCACUGCACUUACAGGAAAUCAAUCAUCAAGCCCUGGAACUGUUAACACAGGGGUAGUGUAUGGUUGGCCGUAGGAACAGGGAAACACACUUCUCAUGGCAUAUUAAAUAAUAUUAAUAUGAUUUUUAAAAGCACGCUCUUAUCAGCAAGGAUAUCUAGGGGUUUUAAAUUCUGUUGAAAUCUAGCCAUUUCUCAUUUUACCAGUUAUAUGGGUAUUAUUAACCAAUAAUAACUUUAUCUCAAGGGCUUCCAGGUUUAUUGUUUAUUUUUUUAUGAUUCCAGCUUUUUGUUGGUGGUUUCAUACAGUUCGAUUGAGUGAAAAUGUAGUUUUUAUAUUUGAAACAGGGUGCUGAGCACUCAAUAAAUACAACCACUAGCCAAUGAGGUGUAAUGUGGUACAGUAAAAUAUU